AUGGCAAGCUCCCCGCAACUCCAGCUUCAUCGACGAAAACUAACCAAGCUCCCAGGCCCCGUCAACGCCAUCACGUUCUCCAGCUCCCCUGGAGCCUAUCUGCUAACAGGCUCCUCCGAUCGCUCAAUCCACCUCUCGCGCGCAGUCCCCAGCAACACAAACACGUACCCGGCAGAAUCAACCUCCCCAAUCCAACGCUACGACGCCCACGGCUACUCCGUCCUCGACAUCGCCGUAACCGCAGACAAUGCGCGCUUCGCCAGCGUAGGCGGAGAUCGCGCUGUCUUCCUCUGGGAUGUAGAACAGGGGAUCACAACGCGUCGCUGGAGCGGACAUAAUGCGCGCAUCGAAGCGGUGCAGUUUGCGGGUGAGGGGGAUGCAGUUGUUGUUUCUGGCAGCGCAGACACAACAAUAAACCUCUGGGACGCCCGCGCCUCCUCCCCCAAACCCCUGCAGACCCUCCCUGAAGCCACCGAUACAGUUUCAACAAUACACGCGCACAUGCCGUCAUAUUCGAUAGUUAGCGGGAGCUACGACGGGCGCGUUCGUAUCUACGAUAUCCGCAUGGGGCAGACGACGGUCGAUGUACUUGGUGCCCCCGUGACGAGCGUGCGGUGCUCGGGGGAUGGCAAUGCGGUGCUUGUUAGUACGUUGGAUGGACGGGUGAGGGUAUUGGAUCGGGGAAAUGGGAAGUUGCUCAAGGCUUUUCCGGGGGAGAAAGAGAAGGAGGGGAAGGGACCGGUGUAUCGGAACGAGGAGUUACGGAUUCGGUCUGUUUUUGCUGUGAAUGAUGGGGUCGUGCUCUGUGGGAGUGAAGCCGAGAAGGGUGGAGAGGAUAAAGGGGCUUGGGGUGGGCGGUUUGUCCAAGCAGGCAGUCAAUCACAGUCGCAACCCAGAAAGCAAGCCCAGGCAUAUGUGUUUGCUUGGGAUGUGUUGAGUGGAGAAGUUAUUGCGCGUGUUCCUGCUGGGGAGGGCGUGAAGGCUGUUAGUUGUGUAGCGUGGAAUGAGAAACGGGGCCAGUGGGCUGGGGGGUGUUCGGAUGGGACUGUUAAGGUGUAUGGUUGA